AUGAUUCUGGAUUGUCAUAUCAGCUCUGGCAGGACGCCACGCAACACGCAGGGGGUGUCUACCAAUCCCGAUAUUCAACCCUCGCAACAUGUUAUACCGCAUUCCGCAAUUUUUAACGAGCAUCCGCAGAUUGCUCAUAUUCAUCCCUUUGGUUGUCGUGUUUGGUAUUAUAACGACCCAGGACAUCAAGAUUUUAACAAGAUUGUUGGCCGCGGCGCUCCAGGCGUCUACAUCGGCAGCGAUUCUUCGACCUAUCAUAAGAUCUACGUCAAAGAAACAAAUAAGGUUAUCCGAACUGGCCAUGUCUCGUUUAAUGAACAGGAGCGUGAACAGGCUCCACGCGAUCAGCCUAUGCAAAAGCUGCAUGCGCUUAAUUCUACCGUACCUCCUAAUCCUAACCCUGAACAUCUCGCGCAAGAAGCGCUGCAUCUCAUGGGGGACUCUCCCGCGGAGGAUAACGAACAAUCUGACUGGGUUCGACCUGCUAAAAAUUUUGAUCCAUUUGCAGGAUUUACCCCUACCUCCACUGCUGAGGCAAAUCGGCCCCUGAUUCCGAAUACUUGGCAGGAAGCAAUGAAAUCAGUUGAUAAGAUAAAUGUUUAG